UUCACAAUCCUUGCUUCACUCCGUACGUUGUGGAAUUGCACUGAUUGUGUACAAUGUUUAGCAUGGUAAACUGAGACGGCAGAUGGUAUUGACAGCAGGCAACUACCGGUCUACCCAAGGCAUCAUCUCUACCUAGGCCUAAACCUAAUGAAGAUAAGUUUUGCUCGACAAUAUGUAGAAGGUAAUCCACAGAAAUCAUAGAAAUCAGCAAUAAAGCCAUGGAAUCAAGCAACACCUUUAAGACCUCAAGACCAUCAUCAUCAUCAAGUUUGAUCAGCAAACAGAAAAAGGCAUGGGAUGCAGCCAUGGAAAAAGAAGAGAAACAGGCUGAGGGAAAUACCCAACAAAACAAUCAAUCACAUAAGAUAAAGAAGCACUACCACAAGGACAGGAGAAAAAGCGACACUUCGCGACCACCUAGUACCACUUCAAAAAAAGCGUGGGGCGAUAAACCAACAGAGGUUGAGAGGGCAAGUAACUGUGGUAUGGAUAUUAGUUUUAAUUCUGUUGAAUUACAAGAGAAGAAUGGACAUGUCAAAGUUCACACCACCGAUUGCAACGACAAAUCAAAGCAUUGUACAGAACUUCUACCGAUGAUUACAAAAGUGUUUCGUUCAAAAAAAUUCAAGUCUAUAAAACUAGAGCAACUAUACCAAAGGUAUUUCUUUGGUUUGAAUCGAAGUAGUUUAUCAAGCUAUUUGUUAAUGGUGAGCCUGUUGUGUCUCGUACAAAUCAUCUGCCAUUACGUAUCGAAAAACCCUCAGAUAUACACUGGCAUUUGCUUAGGUCUGUUUGUUCUUAUUUUCCUUGCCAUGACAUUUGUGUGCAAUAGGAACUCGUUUACUCAAAAACAAUUAAGAAUAAGUUGCUAUUCUGUUAUUCUUAUAAUGUGUGUUGUUGUCGGUAUUGAUGUUUUUAACACUAAGCCUCACGAAGCCUCUUCAGGGGUUUGGACGUCUAUAUUCAUCAUGUACAUGACAUACGCGCUCCUGCCGCUACGUAUGCGGCUGGCAGUGUUAGGAGGAAUCACACUAGGACUUGUUCAGAUCAUUUGUGUCGCCAUUGACAACAAGGACGAUUCGUUUCUAUGGAGACAGGUAAGUGAAUUAUACUAA